AGGCCCCAAGUUGCAGAGGAGCCUGGAGGAGGUGGAAGCAGCAGUAGUGAGUCCAAAUUGUCCCCAAGAGAGGAGGAAGAAUUGGAUCCUAGAAUACAGGUGAGAAGACCAAGUAGAGGGAGAGAAAGAGAGCCCAGAUUCCAGAUUUCCUGAAAAGCUGUCAGAUGAAUUAAAGCUUAGAUUUAUUCUCUCCUCAGUAAACAAGGGUGGGAAAACAAAUUUGUCAACAAGCUGUUGCAAUAUCGUGUGACAGGUAAAAGAGUCGUGUGUCUGAUGGGAAUGUCUGGGUGCCUGAGAAUGCCUAUUGUGGUGAAGUUCGCUGAUAGAAGUCAAGUGCCAAAUUGGCAGUGCACUUUAGGUCAAUAGAGGAUACAACAGUUAAUGCUCCGUUCAAAAUAAGCAGAAGGGCUGCUACCUCAGAGGUGUUACUUGUUUUUGAAGUGAAAGGUAGUGACUUUGAAAUUAGUAGACAAUUUUGAUGCUGCUUCCCAGUGGCAUACAUGUCUGUAAGCUGUGAAACCUUCCAGGUGGCAUCAAAUUUAGGCCUGUAAGGAAAUUUUAUUUGUUCAAGUUUAUAUCAGUUGUAGUCAGUCCUUAAUACAUAUUCGUGGUUCAGGAUGCUAGAUAUACCAAAGAACAGAGGAGCAGUUGAUUGCCUUAGAGUGUUUAUAACAGUUGGUAGGACAGAUCAUUGUGUAGGGACUGGGGCCUUGGGUGGAGGAGAUGAUUGGCCAACUAAAGCUGAGUUGUAGUGUUUCAGGGCUCCCUGGGGAAGUUGCUAGGAUGCCCUUGUGUGUUUGGGUCCCAAGUCUGCCAUUUGGUCGAGUUGCAUCUCUUAAGAUUUUGAUACUGGGGAAGUUACUUAACCAUCUCUAGGUAAGCGAGAGCAUCCCGGGGCUCUAAUUCACAGGCUUCUCUAUCACCAAACCUUUAUUGGAUUACUCCAGUGAGUUGUGAAUAAAUCAAAGACAGUCCUGAUGUGGCUAUCUUGGUGUGUGAGUUCUCAGGGUAUGGGGGUAUGGGGCUUCUCUGGGACCGUGUGCCUGUUUGUAAUGGAGCAUUAGUGAACUGUUCAUUUCUGGCAUGAGUCAAUAAUUUAUUUCUGUUGUGCCUUAUGGGCACUACAUUGAGAACAGUUCAGUUUCUCUUGCUAAUGCUACUAAUUUGUUGUCCACUGAGGAAAUAAGUUGCAAUGCUAAAGCCUUGAACUAUGUUCAAGUCUCCAGCCUCAUGAUUUGUGAUUUUUAUGAAAUCCAAGGUUCAGUUUCUUCAUAUGCAAAGUGAGAAGUUUAGUUGAUUUGCACAAGUCAUCUUCACUGUGUUCCAUGUCUGUUGUUUUUUCUUUUUAUCCCUGUGGUCCUGGGACUUGAACUUGGCCUUGUACUUGCUGUGCAGGUGCUCUACACUUGAGCCACACCCUAGCCCAGGUCUAUGAUUCUUUUCUUUCACAACUUCUUUUGCUUGUUUCUUGUUCAAAGUUUAUAAAUAGUGCUUUGGAAAAGAGAUCUUUCUCUGUUCCCUGAGGAAGAUUCUCAGUAGAGCACCUAUACCUCCCCGAAUAUUUCUUGUUCUUCUCCAGAGGAGGCCUUUCCAAAAGAGAAUCCAGUCUGGUUUCUAUGCUUGGACUCUCCUGCUUCUGUAUAUUUUUCCCAAUAUCCACAUAGGCAAAGGGGGUAGAAUGAAGAAUGACACUUGCAUUGCACUGCCCCAAAAGGUAGCCACCAUGUGGCUUUAUAAAUGAAAUUAAUUAAAAUAAAGUAAAAAAUACAGUUUUCCUGUACUGUACUGUACUGACAGUGCAGAAAUAGAACAUUUCUGUCGUCACAGACAGUUCUAUAGGAUGAGCUUUCACAGGGUUGGAGUAUCCUGAGGAGUCUUAGGAUGCACUCUCCCUCCAGUGAGCUUGCACUGUCACUUGUACAAGAGGGGACAAAACAAACCCUAGUUUCUCUUGCUAAGCUGUGCAGCAUGCUGUGAACAUUAUAAGUUCCAUAGGGAGGGAAGGGCUUGCAGUGUUCUCCAACAUUGGAUGAUAUGGGUAGUUAGGCAGUACUCUAUCCUCAGCAGGGGUCUAGUGUCUUUGGUAGCCCUGGAGUUUGAACUCAGGGCUUGGUGCUUGCUAGGUGGGUGCUCUACCAUUUGAGCCAUGACUCCAGUGGAAUAUAACGUUUUGCUGCGUAGGAGAGGCAGCCAGGUGUAAGGACCACUUUUCCUUUCUGUGUUUGGACUCCUUUUCUUGAUAGGGAGGAGAUGAGGGCAUUUGUUUUUUAGGGUCCAUUUUAGUGUUGACAGUACAUCAGACCACAUUGCCUUCAUAAUGUGUCUCAGUGCUUUCAAUGAGCGUCUAUUUUUCUGAAUUCUCAUGCAUUUUGUGGGUCCACCCACAGAUCCAUUAAAACCCACCAGGGACUUUUAAAAACAUUUGGUAUGCAUUUGGAUUCACUUGGUCUGGGUGGGGUAAGAAAUGUUUCUAAUGCACAGCCAGGGCUGAGUCCAAUGGGCUAAGGAUAUCCCAAAGAUUUGGUUUGGUAUUUACUGAAGUUCCCAGAAAUGACUCUUCUCAGGGUGAGGCUCUCUGAUGUGGGGCUGGAGUUCCUUGGCAGGCAGGAAACUUACGCCCAUUUUCUGGUGGGAUCCCUCUGAAAGUUGGAAGGAGGCUACCUGGUAUGUCCCUGUAUAUUCUACCUCUUCAGGGAAGGCCACUGGCUUUGUGUUCAUGUUGAGAUCUCAUUGGAGUUCUCCAAGUCUUCCAGCUUUUUAAGAGAGGGUCGCAGUGGAAGGAAGGGAGAAAUGAUGGUACUAGGGUAGGCCUGGGUCUAUUCCCUGCAUUUUUCUCUGCCUCAUUUGUGAUGGGCACAUUCUUUUCUCACUUAACUGCUCCUUUCUAGAGUCUUCAGGGUGACCAUGCAACCUCUGUGUCCUCACCUUAGUUCUCAAAGAAUAGUCAUUGGCUCUUACUGACCAUCUUACUGAGCCUUUUGACGUUCUGUGGCAGGGGACCAGAAGUGUCCACAGGUGGGGUGGAGCAUCUAUAGCUUAAAUGCCCAGGCCUUUGACUUAGUGGCCUGGUAUUCUGGGAAUGCACCCAUCAUGCCCCAGGAAGGUCACCCUCCUUGCUGGCUCACUAAUGGAUGAUGGAUGCUGACUCAGACUUUGUCCUCCCUGAAUUCCAUUUUAGCUGAAUGCCAGGAGUCCCUCGUGGAGCAAACCAAAUGGAAUGUGUUGUCAACUUCACCCUGCAUGCUCAGUGGCUUCCCACUUAGACUUGCCUUGGGUAUGCUCCAGUGAAGUUGUUUCCCCUUUUCUCCCACGCUUACCCUGGCCUUGAGGCUGCUUUUCUUCCCUGUUCCCUAGCCUCUUGUUUUGAGAGCCCACCAGGUAGACCAUCAGUAGACAUGUUUUUUGUUUGUUUGUUUUAUGAGACAGGUCUCACCAUGUAGCUCAGGCUGACUCGAACUUUUGAUCUUCCUGCCUCAGCUUCCUAAUGGCUGGGACCACAGGUGUUUGCCACCAUGCUUGGCAUUAGGUGAUUUUCUUUAAUUGCAGGAGGAGCCAUUGAGGUACUAGUUCCCAUAUAGAAAAAUGAUGCCUGCUCUUGCCACUGGUCAACAGAAAAAGCCCUUUUUAUUUUUCCAGUGGGGACAAAUUACAUUGAGCCAUUCACUCCUCUGACUGCCUCGUCAAGGCUAGGGUUUGGGUACUGUGAGCGCUCUGAGCCAUGUAAACAAGUAGAGAUCCAAUCUUGGACCUUGAUGUGCUCAUGUGAGCAUUGCAGGGUGUUCUUCCCCUUUUUCUUUUCCCUUAAAAUAAUGUUUAUUGCAUUCCUGAGACCUGUCUUUUUCCUGUCUGGGUUGUGGUUUUCCUAACUAACAGCACUCUUGGCUUUUCUGAGGCAUCCAUGCAAGGCCAGUCUUAAUCCUAGGAUUGUGGUCACAGUGGAAGGAAAGUGAGAUCAAAGCUUGGGUCCUAGAUCCGGACCUAAAUUCCCUGGCUGUCACAAAUCCCCUUCCUCAUCUUUUCUCAUCUAUUUACUACAAAUAAGCUGAGGAAGAUACUACUGUGGGAGCUGUUGAAAGACUUGCAUCUCUCCUAUAGCCUGAAAUAUCUGUAGGCCACAUUGAACCAAAGGAAGCUGGGCCCACUGGGAAAGAUGUUGACUCUCACCUUGAUAGAAAUUGCCUUUUUAGAGCCCUCUAGGGUGAUCCCAUCAACUAACAGGGACAUCCCUGGCAGGAAGACACUCUGAAACUUUGAGUACUGUGUGUCUGGUGGUAUUGCUGCUGCUGCCUACUAGGGGUCCCCUGGGGUCCUCUGGGUUGUGCCAAUUGCCUGUGGGUCCAGAGUGGUUUGUUGUUUCAUUAGUUCUGUGACUAAUCUGGUUCCCAAAUAGCACCAACUCUUAGAUCUCCAGUAUGAAUUCAGAUGCCACUGUUCCCUAAGAGAUAAAUCCAUGUAUAUUUUGAAGACUUUGUGUUUUCUUUUAUUAAGGUAAAAGUGUGGUAAAUAUGUUGAUUGUAUAUUACAAUGAUAUUUUAGAUGUAUUAGAGAAAUGAAAUGUAUUCUUUAAAUUUCACCUGGUUUUUACCUUUUUUUUUUUUGACAGUAUUGGGGUUUGAACCCAGGGCCUUGCACUUCCUAAGUAGGGGCUCUUACCACUUGAGUCAUACACUGCAGCCCUCUGUUUUUUGAUUUUUAAAAAACGUGGUUUGUAGAAAAUGAAACAACAUUCAGCUUAUAAUCUAGAUACUUGGGAGGCAAAAAUAGGAGGAUAGUGGUUCAAGGCCAGCUUGGGGAAAAAGUUAGUGAGCCCAUAUCUAAAACUAAAAGCAGAAACGGCUGGAGGUAUGGCUCAGGUGGUAGAGUGCUUUCCUAGCAAGCUUGAGGGCUUGAGUUUAAGUCUACACUUUUGUGGGUAUGCAGUUUCAUAUCUCUAUUCCUAGUUCCAUUAUAGACUUCUGUGUUUUUAUUUUUUCUUUUACUGUACUGAAUGCAUAUGACUUCUUUCUUAUUUUCUUAUUUACUAACUCGAUUUUUUUCAGAAUCAAAGUAUGUGUGUGUCUGUGUAUGUAGAAAUAAAAGGAUAAAAGGAAUAAAUGGAGAUCAUGCAUGACAACCCAACGCCCUCUCUGGUUCCUGUGAUUGGGAGCCAAUGUCACAGCUAUACAAGUAGGACGUGAUAGUGGUAUUCCUGUUGAGUACAAGUCAUGUGGCAGCAGGCAGCCCCUGAACUGGGUCCUGCUUAUCCAGAGCCUGAGGCUUCUAGAGGCAGAGCUUAUAGCUGAGCAUCACUUCCAUGGAGUCUGCAAUUAAAUAUCAGGCACUUUCCUGAGGCAGAGCCCUUGGUGCAGAUCAGCAUUCCUCCAAAGUAUCCUCAGCUCACUAGGGAUUCUGGGGACUUAUGUGUUUUCUUGGGCCAGGGAGGAUGACUUAAGGCUAGCACCCUUCCCAGCUCUCUGUCAUUUCAUAGAAAGUUCUGGGUAUGUUCUAUUGCUUCUUUCUCUAGCCCAGAGGUCAGUGAGGCACUCAAACUGACAUAUCUGCCAGUCUCUCUCUGAGACUCCCUUGCUACCACAAGAUCGACUGUAUUGGGACCUGGGGUCUUGUGACCCAUUGCCCAGCCAGGCCUCUUGGAACCCAGUAUUCUUCCCUGAUUUUGACCUUUGUCAUCCACCAAGCCCUUGUGAUUCUGUGUAUUGCAUUUCCUUGGGAAUUUAUCCUCUCCUUUCCCACCUGGAACACUGUAUAUAGCUUUUAUUUUUUGUCUUCCCAGUUCUUCCAUGCUUUCCUUAAAUUUCUCGAACUUGCCAUCCUAAACCACAGAUUAAGGGCAAGAGGCUCUGAGAGACUCUUGUUGCUAUUGAGAAAAGGCUUGUUCCUUCCUUUUGUGCCCCAACCUUACUGGCUGUCAUCAGUUUGUCUAUCCUGGGGCCCUUCUUGUCCAUUAUAGUUCCCUGGCCAGGGAGCAAGUGCUCCAGAUAUCCUGCCCUGGCCUGCUGCCUAGGGAGAUGACAUCCAUACCCACCCCUCAUACAGCUUCAUCACUGCCAAAGAUAUGUUGCUUACUUGCUGGUCUUCCUUACUGUUGUGAGCCUCUACCUGUCUAUUCUAAGUUCUUUGGAGUUUCGUGAUACUCAGAGGUGGUAAGUAUAUAGUAAACAUGUGCUUAGUUAAUAGCCCUCCUAGCUCAGGGGAUGACGGGUGGAAGACUACUCUGGAGGCGAGCCCUUCGACUCCAAGGAGACUUCCCAGCAGGAGAAAGUGAUGCAAUCUGAUGGAGAGAGUGAAGGCUCACUGCCACCAUGCUGUGUGCAUACUAGUAUUGCAUCCUCUGAACCUCAAUUUCCUUAUCUUUAAAAUGGGGGUUUUAAAACCCAAUACAAGAUAGAAUUGUGAAGAUUACAUGAGAUUGUGUAUGUUAGAUCUUGGAUAAGGAGCAUUGGACAAGUCCCUUCCUCCAUUUCUUUUCCAUGGGACAAGUGUCUCACCUCCCUUCCCUGGUCAGCUGGGGCUUUUUGUCUGUGCAUUGCUCUAACCUACACAGUUGAUUGAGGCUACUUCCUUCCACUGCUCUAACUCACCAGCUGUCUUUGGCAGGAGGAGCUGGAGCAUCUGAACCAGGCCAGUGAGGAGAUUAACCAGGUGGAGCUACAGCUAGAUGAGGCCAGGACAACCUAUCGGAGGAUCCUGCAGGAGUCAGCCAGGAAGCUUAACACACAGGGCUCCCAUUUGGGGAGCUGUAUUGAGAAGGCUCGGCCCUACUAUGAGGCCCGGCGGCUGGCUAAGGAGAGUUUCAGAUUCUGGAGCAUUUUGGGAUUUGGAGUCUUGGAUGCUCAACCUGUAUGGCUGUGAUGAAUGUCUUUGAGCGCUUAGUGGUUAUUUUCUUCAACUUACCACCUGGACGAUCUCAGAGGUAUAUUUUCUGUAAGACCAUGUCCCUAACCACCUUCCAACUAAAAUGGUUUAGACUUUCCUAAGGUAAAAGGCCAGCAGUCUUUGAGAGUGCUGGAUUUCACACACCCGCCAUCCAUUAGCAGUAUCAUUCUUUUUAAUAUUUAUUUCUGCAUUUAUCUCUUCUCCUAAUUCAUAUCCUUAUGAAAUAUUUCUUAUAGAAAGUUCCUUUCAUGGCAUUUAUUCUUAGUGAAAUUUGGGAAAAGAAGCUGACAUUGUAAGUGGGUCUUCUUCCAUCUUUUGUCCCCACCACUGUGGUGGGUCUUUAUGGGUGGCUGGAGGUCCCCCAGAACUCCCCGUCCUAAUGACCCUCUAUCCCCUAGGCCCAGCAGGAGACACAGAAGGCAGCAUUGCGGUAUGAGCGGGCUGUGAGCAUGCACAAUGCUGCCCGAGAGAUGGUAUUUGUGGCUGAGCAGGGUGUCAUGGCUGACAAGAACCGAUUGGACCCCACGUGGCAGGAGAUGCUCAACCAUGCUACCUGCAAGGUGAACGAGGCAGAGGAGGAGCGGCUUCGAGGAGAGCGAGAGCAUCAGCGAGUGACACGGCUGUGCCAGCAGGCUGAGGCUCGGGUCCAGGCCCUGCAGAAGACCCUCCGGCGAGCCAUUGGCAAGAGCCGCCCCUACUUUGAGCUCAAGGCCCAGUUCAGCCAAAUCCUGGAGGAGCACAAGGCCAAGGUGACAGAGCUGGAGCAGCAGGUGGCACAGGCUAAGACCCGCUACUCAGUCGCCCUGCGCAACCUGGAGCAGAUCAGUGAGCAGAUUCACGCCCGGCGCAGGGGCCUGCCUCCCCAUCCCCCAGGCCCACAGCGCUCCUCCCCUGUGGGGGCUGAAGCUGGGCCUGAGGGUAUCGAGGAUGGGGACAGCGGGAUUGAUGGGGCUGAGGGUGGGGGACUGGAGGAGGGCAGCAGCCUGGGGCCUGGCCCCGCCCCUGACAUGGAUACACUGAGCCUGUUGAGCCUGCGCACUGUGGCCUCCGACCUGCAGAAGUGUGACUCAGUGGAACACUUGCGUGGCCUCUCGGACCACGCUAGUCUAGAUGGCCAAGAGCUGGGACCCCGGAACCGGGGACGUCGGGGCAGUGAUGGUGGAGUCCGAGGGGGUCGACACCAGCGCAGUGUCAGCCUGUAGCUUUGUGGCCAGGGCUACUGGCUUGACUCUCCCAUCGUGGGCCAGUAGGGUCCCAUGGGCUUCUUUCUCUCUCUCUGGGGUCUUUUCUUCCCCAAGAUCAUGGACUCCAGUGCUUUUCUGGGAGAGGUCAGCUGUGUCUCAGUGCUCUGUGUCUGCCCUGGCUUUCUCAGUCUCCUCCCACCCCACCCCCCCUCUUUUCCUCAGGAGGCAGCUUUCUCUUUGACUUACCCAUUCAAAAGGCUUGCUUUCUGGCCUGCUCAUCUCCUUUACCCCUGCUGCCUCUUCACAGUCUAUCUGAUGCUCUUUGCUUUCCUCUUUCUGUCUGACUUCCAUCUGUCUGGCUUUUCCCCUCAGGGAACUUGGUCUAGAAGACACAGGAAGCUCAUCUGAGAAAAUGAGUACCUUAACCUGACUGGAUGGACAGGCUCUUCACCUGUUGAUCCUUGGCCCUGCCCAUCCCUCAUGGCAGCUCCCCAGGGCGCCCUAGGAAUGCUGCUGAGUAUUGGUGGCCCUGUGCCGUUCUGUCCCAGCUUGCCUGUGUGUAACCUGUGAGAUAGACUCUGUUCUUCUGGAAGAUGCCAUUUUUACUGUUGGUGUUCCCCUUUGUGACCCCAGCUGUUAUUCUAUCAGUGCCGUAAAGCAAAACUUGUGGCAUGUCAGAGUCAGGAAGGGGAACCCAGCCUCAUCAUCGACAUGGGAACAUCGCCACCUCCAAACUGGCUCCUGUGUGUGUGUGUGUGUGUGUGUGUGUGUUGUGUGUGUUGUGUGUGUAUGUGUGUGUGUGGUUUCCCAAGUUGGGCUGAGCCCUUCACAUUGCCAAGGUGCUAGUAGGUCCCUAACAGGUUCCAUGUUAGGGGGUAGAGAUGUGAUAAGAUCCUGGAGGCUAAGACCUUGCCAUUCCUGCCCCCUCACACUCUUGUGGAGCUGGGCUUUUUUUGGGUAGAGGUUGCUGAACUGAAUCUCAGCAUUCUCCUACAGGGUGGCAUUAGGGAAAUUGGUGCUCAGAUGCUCUUCUUUGCUCUUCCCCAAACCAAACAAUACCUAUUCCAAGAUCCCCUGAGGAGUGCUCAAGCUCUCUUGCUCCUCCUCCCCCUGAAUAGGGCAGGAGUUGACCUGGGGUAAGGGAUCCCAACCCUCGUAGCAGCUUCAGGUGCCUGGUGGUGCUCCUCGACUGUGUGUAUGGAAGCCACACCAGAUGUGGAUGCCUUGGGAGAACUGAUCCCCCUGUCUUAUUCCAGGAGGACAAAUAGCUCUUGCCUAGGGCUGUGCAUUGCUGCCAGCAACUGGGUGAGGAGUGGGCCUCCACAUCCAGCACAGGUGUCUCCUCGUUUUCAAACUGAAGGAGUAUGGUCACAAUGAGAACCUCUGGGGUUUGAGGGGCCAUGAGUGGAGAGGAAAAAGGGAGGGAGGCCAUGGUUAUGCAUGUGUGAGUGUUUUGAUAUGUGUGGGAAAGGGUCAGUCCUGGUUUUAUUUAAAUAAAAUAGUUUAUGUAACAGUAAUGUUUACUGUCCCUGUUGCAGAAAGGAAGAGAAAGGGGUAAGGUUGAAGUGGGGGAGGAAAACAAAUGGAAGUGAGGGACUUUUUUAGAUGAUGGGGUCAGGGAGGGGAGAUAAUGGAUCAGAUGUCAGAUGGAGCAAGCUGUAGACUAUGGGAGAAGAGGAGGGAGAUGAAGUGCUUGUUCUUGGGUGGUCACACACAAGGCAAGUAUAGACUAACCUGAGGAGUGAGUGCCCUUGAGGCUGAGCUUUGGAGGUGGUAGGUGCCAGAGAGGCUUACAUGGUGGAGUGGGCACUGUUUUCAAACCAAGAGAUGAGAGUGUCAGUGUGUAGGAACCUGGACUUGAGCAUGAAGGAAGGGGAGGGAUAAAAGUAGGUAUUAACUGGAUUUAUCAGAUAAAUACACAAUGUGCCCACUUACUUGAAUUUAUAGUAGACAGUGAUUUUUGUCCCCUGCAGCAUUUAGGACACAUUAAGAGUUAUCGUGUAUCUGAAAUUAAAAUAUAACAGAUGGAAGGUGCUUCCCAAAUUGGAGUGUGUCUGGUUGUGGGGUGGAAGGGGACUGAGUAUGUUUGGACCCACAGGUGGGAGAUGCCUAUAAAAUAUCUGGUGGAAUCAGUUUGAUGAUUCCUUGGAGCCUCAAAGGUGAAGACCAAAAGACUUUCUGGGCCUCAGCCAUACCUGAGGUGUGCCUGCCUUUAGAGCUGUAUUGAAGUGGAGUCAGCCAAGAGAAGAAGGCCCUACCAGUGAAGAGGGUGGUUUGGAGGCCACAAAGGGGAAGGGUGAAGGCCAAAAAUUGGAGAGACAUAAACAGAGCAGUGAUCCUGGCAACACUGGAUACAAGAGGUGCCAUCAGGAGCCGGUACAUACUCACCAUUCACUGUACUCUUUUAACAGGUACUGUCCAGAUCUUUGAGACUACCUUCCCUGCCAUGGCAGAUGGGUGCCAAAAUACUUCCUUUUAUUACUAGCAAAGCUGCUAUCAGGGCUGGUGGCGUGGCUCAAAUGGUAGUAUCCUGCCUAAUAAGCAUGAGGUCCUGGUUCAAACCCUAGUACUACAAAAACAAACAAAAAAACCCUCACAAACUGCUAUGAGAAUGCAUAGCUUUGAGUGAAUGAUAUGUAAUAAAGGUGUAAAACGUUUUCUUCUAUGUAAUGAAAUAGUUACUAAAGCAUAUCAGUAUUUUUUAAAUAGUUAUUUCCUCUCUUUUUGUGGUAAGAGCACCUAAAGUCUACUUGCUCAGCAAAUUUUUACGUGUAACUUGUCCUCAUGAAUGGGCUUUCUGAGAUGAUACCAUCUGGUCCCUGACAGGCAGGAGCUGGUGUCUGGAACCCUCCUGUUGGGCUGUGCCCACUCUGUUUCUCUUUGCAAAAUCAGCUACCAGAUAAGGCAAAGGUGGAGAGAGACCAGGAAGGUUAGAACAAAUGGCAUUUUUUUCAAGUAGAAGAAAAGAAAACAGCAAAGGUGCUCUUCUCAUGCUGGCAGUGGUGGUUUGUACAUCUCAGACCAGGCGCACGCCCAUUUGUGUGGGGUGUCAUCCCCCAUUUCAUGUCACAUUCACUUCAGGUGGUAAUGAGUUCUGUACUGUGUCUUCCCCAUUGAGGGGCUGGGGCAGGGUCUCAGUCUCCCAUAUGUCCAGCACAUUCCUUGCACUGAUUGGUAAUCAGUGAAGGUGCUUUUGCCUUGUCAUCCUUUCCCCAAUCCAAACCUACACAGCACAGUCAUUAGGAGGUCAGGAUAUGGUAUACACAGUACCCAAAUCACAUCUUCAUGUCUCCAGGGGAAAUCUCAAACAUCUCUAGACUUUAGUUUUAUCACCUAUAAAAUGGAACAAUGUAGAUGUGCAUAGCAUAAUGCUACAUCAGUGGAUGUUGGCCACGGUGAUUCUUGUUACCACUUACAGCUUCAGGAUGCUUAACCUGAGUCCUCUCCCAUCUUGUGCUAGAUAUGGAAACUUUAUAAAAUUAUUCUAUUUCCCUUGUCUUGAUGUGAUUUUUGACACACCCAGCAACUUCAACCCACCUGCUGUAAACACUCAUAAUUCCUUGUGCAUGUGGAGGGAGUAUGUUUGUGGGCUGUCAAAGUCAUGUGUAGGCAGUG